CGCAAGUCGCUCAUGUUUAUGUAAUGCCAUAUGUGAGCUGGCGCGAGCUGGUCCAGCACAGCAACGGAGACAGCGGUCACACGUUCACCAUCAGGGACUCGUGCGUGUUUAUUCUGCGGGGUUUGAGGUCCUCGUGAGAAUUCAGCGGUUUUUGGAUUUGACCCUGCAGACAGGAGGGCGCUCGAGCUCCACCGUCUUUCACGCACGGCACGCACGUAGACCCGGUGAAAUCGUCACGCGGAUUGAAUCUGUGGAAUCAGUCGCGAGCGUUUCUGCGCGGCCGGAGAGCAUCCCGACAUCAGGUCCGGUCGGUUGGUGGGUCGGUGGCCUGGUUUGGGGGUCUUGUGGACUGCGCGUGCAAGGGGAAGUACAAAAGCGGGACCUGCACUGGACUCCUGGCCGAACCGGAGCAUCCCACCCCUGGCAGCAGCACCCAUCCCUCCGCGCCUCAGCUCCAGCGGGAGGCCCGGAGCGGCGGCAGGAUGUAGCAGCGGAUUAACGGAGGAGAGAGGGGCGCUCAGAGGAAGAGAGCGGACCGAGGCGGGACGGAGGGGACAUGGGGAAGGACCAGGAGCUGCUCCAGGCCGUCAAGACCGAGGACUUGCUGACAGCUCAGCGGCUUCUACAGAGACCUCGGCCAGGGAAAGCCAAGCUCCUCGGAGCAGCAAAGCGGGUGAACGUCAACAUCCAGGAUGCAGAUGGGUUGUCGCCGCUGCAUCAUGCUGCUCUGAGUGGAAACAAGGAGCUCAUCUCUCUGCUGCUGGAGGCCCAGGCAGCAGUGGAUAUUAAAGACCACAAAGGGAUGCGUCCUCUGCAUUACGCUGCAUGGCAGGGGAAGACUGAGCCAAUGAAAAUGCUGCUGAAGGCAGGCUCGUCUGUCAACGGACAGUCAGACGAAGGACAGAUCCCUCUCCACCUUUCAUCUCAGCACGGACACUAUGACGGGUCGGAAAUGUUGCUACAACACCAGUCAAACCCGUGUAUCUCAGACGCAGCGGGCAAAACACCACUGGACCUGGCCUGUGAAUUUGGACGAGUUGGAGUGGUCCAGCUCCUCCUCAGCAGUAACAUGUGUGCAGCCAUGAUAGAACCUAAACCAUCGGACCCCAACGGAGUAUCACCUCUGCAUCUCGCUGCAAAGAACGGACACAUCGAUGUCAUAAAGUUGCUCAUUCAGGCUGGCAUUGAUAUCAACAGACAGUCCGAGUCGGGCACAGCGCUACAUCAGGCGGCCCUCUGUGGGAAGACAGAGGUAGUACGCCUGCUGCUAGAUAGCGGCAUCAGUGCAGGAGUGAGAAACACUCUGAGUCAAACUGCCCUGGACAUUGUUAACCAAUUCACCACCACACAGGCCAGCCGUGAGAUCAAACAACUGCUGAGGGAUGCUUCAGCUGCGAUGCAGGUGCGUGCACUGAAGGAUUAUUGCAACAACUACGACCUCACCAGCCUCAACAUCAAAGCUGGAGACAUAAUUACGGUUUUAGAGCAGCACUCUGAUGGCCGAUGGAAAGGUUGUAUUCACGACAACCGCACUGGAAAUGACCGUGUUGGUUACUUCCCUUCCAACAUGGUGGAAGUCAUCAAGAGGGCAGGCCACUCCCCCUCCCAGCAGUGCCACACCCUCCUCCUCCGCAGACCCAACCCCUGCCCCAUUGCCUCGGCCAACGGACACUCAUACCCCCCAACCAAAGUCCUCCCCCUGCAUCUGCCUCCCCCUCCUCCCUCCCAUCCCAACACACAGUCACUCCCUCGGUUCUCCUCAUUUGGGUACGUUCCUCUUCCCAUCUCUCCUCCUUCUCUGUCUACUCCUCUGUCCACUCCUUCUCCUCCUCCUCCUCCUCCCCCUCCUCCUCCUCCUCUCUCCACUUCUCAGGAGCAGCAGAGUCAGACAGGUUCACGGACUGCAGAGCUGAGUCCCCAAGGCUCUCCAACUCUGGGACAUCAAAGCAGCACCAGUGAGGAUAUCUGGGUGUUACGCAAACCACUGGCAGGUGGUGAGCGCAGUGGCAGUGUGGGCAGCCUCGGCAGCGUCCGCUCAUCGAGCAGCUUGCAGGGCUCUGGAAACACACAUGUUCUGACCACGCCUGCGCCCAGUCCACUCCCGGCUAACACACCAGGAGUCAACACACACGGCCUUAAUGCUCCAGGUCUGCAUGCACAAGCUGAAGGAGUCAAGCUCCUGGCCACUGUGCUGUCUCAGUCGGCAAAAGCCAAGGAGCAUCUCUUGGAGCAGUCUCAGUCUGUUGAGCAGUCAGCGAGCUCCUCCAGCUGCACGGUUCAUGAGCAGCGGUCGUUUGAUCGGAAAGCAGAGGAGGAUGAUGGGAAAAAGCAGGCAGUAGUGGCGUGGCUGGGUGAGUUUCAGCUGCAGUUCUACACCACCCACUUCCUCACCGCCGGAUAUGAUCUAGACACCAUUAGCCGCAUGACCCCUGAGGACCUGACGGCAAUCGGGGUCAUGAAGCCUGGACAUCGAAAGAAGUUGACAUCAGAGAUCAGCAAGCUGCCCUCCACAGACUGGCUGCCGGACCACAAGCCUGCAAAUCUAGGAGACUGGCUGUCUCACCUGGGUCUGAGUCAGUACUACCAGGUUCUGGUGCAGAAUGGGUAUGAAAACAUCGACUUCAUCUCUGACAUCAGCCUGGAGGAUCUGCAGGAGAUUGGCAUUACUAAACUUGGCCACCAGAAGAAGCUGAUGUUGGGAGUGAGGAGACUGAAGGAGCUGCAGAGAGGAGAGAGCAGCUCAGAGCCUCCACAAAGUCCCUCAACCCCUCCUUCCAGUCCUGGAAGCAGCACCGGCUCAGAGCCCCGCAGAGAGGCGAAGAAGUUAAGGGAAGGUGCUCCAAGCCCGCUGGCCAAACCACGCCCGGGUCUCACACACUCGCAGACCCCUCCCCUCACACCCACACAAACCCCUCCACAAACUCCCCCACACUCCCGCACCACCCACCAGGCCUCCCCAAGGGCUCGGCCGCGUCCCUCAACUCAGAUGGGAACAGGAGAUUCACCGGUUCCUAUGCUUCGCCUGCCCUGUGAGGAGGAGGAGCGUCAGAGAACUCACAGUCUGAUCGGCUCGGAAUCAGACUCUCGAUACGCCACCGUGUGCCGCAGCAGCUCUGCACGUACUGCAGCCACCAAUGAUGUCACAGUUAACCGCAGCCAGUCAUCCGUAACACUCCGGCCCCGUCGAAAAGGGAGGCCCCCAACUCCGCCUAAACGGUCCUGUUCUUCCAUUACUGGUAACGACGGGGAGGGAGAGCCACAAGGAGAGGGGCUUCUAGGGUUGCCAACCUAUCGGGAGCGGCGAGCCAGUGACUGUGGCAGCCUGGGAAGACCUCAAGAGUCAGGGGGCCUAGAGAGAUCAGAGGGGACUUCUGGGAGUGUCCGCAGCCUUGCCGCUUUGCUGGAAACAUCCAUGGUGGGUGGAGCCAAAACCCUGCCAAGGAAUAUGGGAGGCAGCAACAGCUACCUGCAGGUGAGUCCACCCAUGCUUCGGCGACAGGCAGGAGCAGGUGGUCUUGGCUCUGAGGAGGAUGACCUCUUAAGUCGUCGCAGAACCAUCAGCGGACCUGGUGAUGAGACCGACCUGUCAACACGGCAGCCGGCACAGCCCCGUCCAGAGCCCCGGCCUCGCUCCACCGUGGUCUCCUCCUCAACUUUGGAAAUCACAGAUGGCACGGCGACGCUGAGGAGAAAGCCGCGUCCUCUGGAAACAGACUCUGAAGCACCUGCAUCCGUGGCGGCUACCACUGUUGUUACCAUGACAACCGGCACAGACACCAUACGCAGGCGGCAACGCACGUCUGAGCAUACAGAAGGUGUUGUUCAAAGCAAUAAGCAAUCACACCCUCCUAGCAGUCAAACAGAGGGGAGCCGAAAAACAGGCAGCGAGCCGCAGCAGAACGGGGGCGUGAUCCUGAGGAGGAGGCCAGCGUCAGAGGUCUCUGAUAGGACAGAGACAAACAGAGAGAGCUGCGAGUGGAUGGAGGCCAGGAAGUCUCUGAAGCCGCCGGUCUCACCCAAACCAUCCACAGUCGCCCUGAAGAAGACACAAGCCGACCCUCCCACCCCAACACGCAGGGUCCCCAUACCGGGGCCGGACAACGCUGAGACAGCACAGAGUCCUGAGCCAAAGCGCGUUCCUCCUCCUGUGUCCCCCAAACCCCGUGGGCCUCCAACAGCUCCUAAACCCGGCAAAGCAAUAGUAGCUUCAGCUACAAAGAGCCCGAGUUCUGCUGCUACCAGCCCAGCUGCAGCCAGCCCGACCCCAGCUCCCAAACCCUCCACUCCUCUCUCUACCACUCCUCUCCCAGCCCCUGAAACCCCCUCUGGCCCCUCUCUCUCUCCAGGGCUCCCCCUUACCUUCCCUUCACCGGCUCAGAGCCCCUCUACCCCCUCUCCGCACCCUGUCAAGCCUCCCCGCUCCUCUAUUGCAGGUCUCUCCAUCGAUCUAGUGGGUGGACGGGAGGCAGAGGAGGAAGAGGAAAGGAGGAGAGAGGAGGAGGAGAGAAGGAAAGAGAAGGAGAAAGAGCAAAAGAGGCAGAAGGAGCAGCAGGAGGAGGAGGAGAGGAGGAGGAGAGCAGAAGAAGAAGAAAAUGUGAGACAGGUGGAGGGUCAAGAAGAGGAGGAAGAGCAAGAGGAGGAGGUGCAGCAUCGUUUGGAGGAGACCAGUGCCUCUUUGGCUGCAGCUGUGCAGGCUGUAGAACAUAAAAUGAAGGAAGAGGAUCCUCAAAACGACUCUCUCUCCAACAAAAAGGAGACAGCCUCCAUCUUGGAUGACAUCGGCAGCAUGUUUGACGACUUAGCAGACCAACUGGAUGCAAUGCUCGACUGAUCCUCUGCCCACGUCCCGUCUCCGACAAGCCCUUUAUCCCCCCCCUCCCUCUUCCUCAUCAUGCGUAGGUGUAUCAAGAGAACUCUCCCAAGGCUCGACGCUGGCGCUCUGACAGUGUGUGAGUGUGUGUGCGUGUGUGUGUUCGAGCGCUUCUCAUGUAGCCUUGUACAGCAAAUUACCGAGGAGGGGAGAAGUCCUCCUCGUCUGGUGCGGUAGCUCUAGAACGCCUCCUGAUGUGAGGAGGCCGCUCCCACACAACCUCUGACCUCUGCAGCCCAGCGAGUCGCCGCCACCUCCAGAAGAGUCUGAGACGGCUGCGUGGAACGAGAAGCACAAUCAUUUUCCUCAUCCUUUUAUCUCCACAGACUCUGGCUAGGACAGAGAUGUAAACUCAGUCAGACAGGGAGACAGACAGAUAAGCAUAUUGCUUGCAAAAAAUAAGCACAUGAACUGACUGACAGGCGGAUAAGAUAGCUCGAUCUAUAGACAGGAUGCAUACAGAUGAGAUACCAGCGAGAGUUUUUAAAAAGCACACAGAAAGACAGGCCGCUUUCUGAGUCUGUCUCACUCCUGAGAUGUCAAAAAAGAUGCAUUUUCCAGAUUUCUCUUUCUGUGUGAGUGGAGGAUUGUGGUUAGCCGGAACUUCCUGACUUGUGUGUCGUCUCUCUUCAUGUUGUUGUUGUUGCCGUUGUUGUUACCGUUGCCGUUGUUGUCGUUACGAGUGUGUGUAGUCCCUGCUGAUGCUCAUGUCAAUGUCCUCCCACUCUUACAGUAGUUAUUCUAAAGAUCAGAACGACGAUAUAGAUGUGUGUCCAUGACUCGAGACAUUCACACACACACUCACACACACACAUACGGAUAAACAUUUCAUUGGUUGUGACUUUGCUGGUGUUCUGCUUUGUUGGUGUGUAGCUCCAUCUAUGGAGGUUUGCUUGGAAAUGAAUCUACACAUACACAUGCACACAUUUACAUGCAGAGACACAUAUGUACACACACUCUCAUGCGGUGUUUCCCUUUGUCCUGCUGCAGUGAACAGUGUUUUUAAAAAAAGAUAAUCCUAUAUUUCAAUGCUUUAUAUAGUACAUCCAGUAUACAUACAUAGGGUUUAUAAUAUACCUGGGUAUUUGAGCUGUUAGAGCUCCCUCUAGUGUUGGUUAGUGAAACUGCCUCUAAUGAAACGGCCCACCCUCCAUAUUGUCUCCCCCCUCUUUUUAUCUCCCUCUGUGACCUUUUACAUCUCUCUGUGCCUUGGUAGUGUUCUUUCAUAUAUGCAAAAUUAAUUUUCUACCCUUUUUUUCUUCUUUUUUUAUCCCCUCAUUACAUUAUGUUUUAUUGUUUCUCUGGAUCCUUGUGUAUGUGUGUGAUGUCAGAAGUAGGUUAUAGGUUGAGUUUUGUGUCCUAAAAAAAUCAAUCACCCUGUCUGCAGUCCUCCUGCAACCUAUGAGAAGCAUUGUAAGAGCCCUUACCCACCCCCCCAGUACCCUGUAAGCUGUAAUAAAAUGGCUCCGCUCCUCCUCAGCUCCUCGGUUUUCAGUGGUCCCCCAAGUAGGCCAGACAGUGGAUCAAGCACCAGUGUUCAUCCCAAUGAAGAGUCCAUUUGUAUUUUUAUGCUCUUUGAAAACAAAGAUAUAUUUGAGAGACAGAUGGUUCUAUGUGAAUAAUAAUAUUAAUAUUAAUAAUAAUAAUAAUAAUGAUAAUAAUAAUGAUGAUAGAUAUAGAUAAUGAGUUGAGGUGAGCUGAUUGAGCCUGUACAUUUCUGGUUGAGUUCUGGAUGUGUUGUGACGGCUGUUGUGCCAUGGUUGGGUUUAGGUUGUGUUUCUGCUGUGAUGAUGCAUUCCUGUACAGCUGUGAUCAGAAUAAAUGUAUAAAUUAAACCUUA